UUUGUCUUGUUCUGCUCCUUAAUCGACUCAUCUGCCCCUCUCCGUCUCCUCCUGCAGCUGUUGAACUGCAUCAUGGAUAUGGUGGAGAAGACGCGGCGGUCACUGACCGUCCUGCGGCGUUGCCAGGAGGCGGACCGUGAGGAGAUGAACCACUGGAUCCGUCGCUAUAGCGACGUGGAAGAGAUGAAAAAAGGUGGGAGCAACGGACAGCACCGCCCUCCUACCCUUCCUCACCCUCCUCUACCUCAUCCCAACUUGAACACAGCUAACAGCGGCGAUGCGCAAACUGCCAUAGAGAUCCACCGAGACUUCCUCCACAGACCUGUGUCGGGUUACCUGCCGGAGGAAAUCUGGAGGAAAUCUGGUACGACAAGCAUCCCACUCUCCCCGGCACUGAAACAUCUCCAGCACAAACAGGAGGAAGCAGUGAAUGAGGUGAAGCGGCAGGCGGUAUCUGAGCUCCAGAAGGCGGUAUCGGACGCAGAGAGAAAGGCCCACGAUAUGAUCACAGCGGAGCGGUCUAAGAUGGAGCGAGCCCUUGCAGAGGCAAAGAGACAAGCCUCCGAGGACGCUCUGACCGUCAUCAACCAGCAGGAGGACUCCAGUGAAAGCUGCUGGAACUGUGGGCGCAAGGCCAGCGAGACGUGUAGCGGCUGUAACACCGCGCGCUACUGCGGCUCCUUCUGCCAGCACAAGGACUGGGAGAAGCACCACCACGUGUGUGGCAAGGGCCUGCAGGGCCUCCCGGGAAGCAGCGCUGUGCCGCUGGGCACCCCCUCCUCCUCCGCCACCUCAGCCAACCCCGGAGCGCCCCCCUCCCACGGUGAGAGCGCCCCCCAGGGCACCCUCUCUCUGGUGGGUCAGGGCGCCUUGUCGUCCGUCUCCCUCAGCCCCAAAGAGAGCAGCUCCAGCGGCGCCUCGCGAUCCACGACCCCCGCGACCCCCGCACUGCUCGACGCCGCCUCACGCUGACACCGAGCUACGCGCCCCCCCCCCCCCCCCCCCUCACCUUGACCACCAUCCCUGCUGACCCCCACAUUGUGUGCCCCUCUCGAAACGGCUGCUACAGUGCCCACACUCCAUAGAAAACCAAACAGAGGAACCCACAGCCCCCUCUAGCCCUCUCAAUUCACUACUAGUCCCUCCCCGCGCCUCCGACUCCUUCCUCCCCUUUCUCUUGGAGAGAGCUCUGUUGAGAACAUUUGUCUGGUCCAAGAUUCGUCCUCCGUCGCUUAUCUCAAGCUUCAAAGCAUUACGAGUCCUCACACACAUGCUGACCCCUACAGCUCUCGCCACAGACUGCUCGCUCUCUCUCACCUCAUCUGGUUUGCAGAUGAUAUGAGUCUUUAUGUAAAAUAUCAUGAAGAUAAUAGUGAGACCAUAGCCUGGCGCAGGGAACACUCUUCCUCACAGUUCAGCCAACAUCAAGAAGCGCUUGGACAGAACAGCCCUUUAAUUCAGCACCAGAGAAUGUGUGUCAGAGAGGCCGAAACCAACAUGUGCACUAGCUAUUUAUUCCCCUCUUAGUGUUGGCACUUCCUGUAUGGCAUCUGUAAGGAGAUAAGUAAGAGACAGUCUUUGAAAUGGUUUUAGGUUCAACAGAGACUCGACUAAAUAUCGAUCUGAAAUGUCUUUCUUUGGCUUUAAGGGAUCUCGGUGAAGAAAACUCCAAAUAUUCUGAAGGAAAACUAGUAGCGAUAUUGCCGAUGAUAAUAAAUUAUUUUUAAGCUAUCAACUACCUUGCUAGUGAGCCAAGAAUCGACACCAGACCUCUCCACACCACGGUGAACCCAAAUGAUUUCAAAUAUAAUGAAAAAAAAAGAAAGAAUAAUAAUAAUAACGAUGAUCCAAACUUUGUAUUACACUGCCAAAGUGAAAAAUAAGGACAAAGGAGGAGCACUCAUCUUUAAAACCAAACGUCAACCGCACGUCCUCUGCUGACCGGCCAGCAUAGGAGAGCCGGUGCUGGAGUCCUGUAAUCAGAGUCGCACUGUGUCUGACCUACUUGGACAGUACGGCAGUGCUGGAGAACACAGACAACAUUGGCGUGAAGAUGGCUGCAGGCUGGUCGGCUGCAGUGUUUGUGAUGCUGAUUUUUUUUUUUUAAAACACAAUCCAAAUGAAAAGAUAGUAAUGAAGAGGCUGCUCUGUCGAAGUCACAAGGCGGAGAACAAGGAGCUUCCCAAAAACCUAAAAACAAACCCUUUUGUCAAAGGAAGCGUUGCAAAGAGUGGAAGAUGGAAAAUUGGAACCUCUUGUUUAUAAGUUGACUGACAUUUUCUUUUAUAUAAUGCUACGCUGAAAAGGGAGAUCUUUCAUUCUCUCCCACUUUUACCAAAGCAUGUAAAAGUAAGCGACUGACUUGGUUCUCCUCUAUAGUCCUCCUACCUCCCGUGUCAUACAACCCCGACCCCUAACCCCAGCUUUGGACCGCGCCUCUGAGCAGUUGGGUGGAAAGGGAUCAAUCCUUUGUGUAGAUAUUCUCCCUCACUUUUCUCAUUACAUUUUUUGCUCAAUGUCUUGUGUCGCUGACGUUCACCAGCGCUGCCGUCUUUUGACUCCAGAGAGACGAUUCAUUUUGUUCACUUUCUUUUAUUUUUCUUAUCAUUUAUUUUAUUUGUUUGGUUCGGGCUCAGCUGUGAAAGCAGAUCAAGAAGACUCUUUCAUGAAAGGAAAGCCUCACGUACUUAUUGUUUGAUUUGUUGUAUCUAUAUUAAUGAGAUGAAAUUCCUCCUCUUGUAGAAUAUUUUGUAUUGCUCGCAUUGUAAGAGGAUGAGAGGACAGAGGUGCAAUAUGAAACUAAUUCAGCUACUGAAUGGUACCUCAGCAACUGCCCAUAGGGUAUCAUAUAAUAUAGAUACAUAUAAAUAUAUUUAAAGCAACAUCAGUUACUUCAUGUGAAUGUACAUAGUAUUUAAAGAGGUCCAAAAAAUGUGUUUGCCAAAUAUCAGAAACCUUUAAUGAUUUUCUCACAUUUCAGAUUUUAUUUCCUUUUCAAAUUCAGCAUUUUUCUUUUGUGUAAGCAUUUUCCCUUUUUUUUAUUUUUUAUUAUAAGGUUGUAGGAAGGUGUAAAAGUUGCUCCCUGGGAAAUCUUAAGUGAACGACGUUGCCCUUUAUAGUCUAAUCAAGAAUGGAUACAGUAGAUGACAGAUUACAUGACAAAAGCUUGAUUGAAUAACAACCUUGAAAAAUUGCAUUAUCCACACUAUAAUACCACCAAAAAAAACUAUCGUGCAACGCCCGGUGCAAACAAACAUGAUGUUCAAUUGGCCAUGCCUCACAUUCACUUUGAAUUGGACAUGAUAUCACAUUGGGUAAAGGAUUGUGGAAAGGCUUGAAGCGAAAUGAGGGGGCGGAGCUAAAGUUUAACUUCAGUUAACUUUAUGCAAAUGAGCGCGUAGUGUGCAUUGCAUCUGGCCAUAUUAUUUGACAAUCUAAAUUCUGUGAGUAUUGGCGACCAUACGGACUUGUGGGGAAUUUCAUUUGCUAAUUGAAUGCCCUUCCAUUGACAAAAUUGUAAGCUCAACUAGAAAAGUGCAAACGGGUGCGGGGCGAUGACACGCGAUGCCACCAGUCUGCUCAGGCCUGGCUAUUUUGCGCGAGAACCUGGUAAGAAGGCACCGUGAAAAAAUAUCUAUCGGCUGACAAAACUCACCACAACAUCACAACAGUCCAAUCAAUCAACCAACCAUACUAGUUUCAAGAAAUUCCUCAACAUACAAAUUUGCGGUUUGAGGUUAAAGCUGGAGUCAUGAUAUCCCUCUAUGUGACUGCACCCUCGCCUUAAUUUUCACCAACAUUCACAUCCAGUUGCAAGGAAGGAUCCUCAUAUAGGUGUACUGUGUGUGUCUUUGUGUUUGGUUUGAUUUGACCAUUAGCCAUCAUUUGUCACUGUGUUUGUGUCCCUUUGGGUUUGAUGAAACCACUACUCUGAGAAGCCGCUCCUCCAUAGUCCCAUACCACUAGCUACCUCCCGUGGCCAGACAGCAGGCCCAGCGCGGCCCUCCCUGGGUUGGAUGUCUGAAGCGGGGCUGGACACACAGAUGGGUGGACAUACGCUAAAACUGGGGACAAGCAAAACCCGGAUUAAUCGGAACAGGGUUUUCCGAAGCGUUUGAAAGGAAUUGUCAUUAGUUAUCAAAUGUCACAAUCUCUGCUAUUUUUUAUUAUCGACCCACAAAACAGGUUUUGGUCUUGGAAUACACUCUCGAUAUAGCAUAUGCUACGUAUAUAUUUUUGUGUUUGUAUGCGCAUUACCCAUUAACCAAAUGUCCACAAUAACAUUUACCGUCCAAAACCAAUACAAGCACAGACCAAAGUACCACUGCAUUGCUAUUGACAGCUCAAUUUUGAUGUGAUGUGAAUUGUCAGACCAGAAAUAAUGAGGAUAGAUGUUUAUGUCUAUGCCAAAUAACCAAAGUGUCUGGAAUACACACUCACACUCAGAGCUCAUGGGGGAAGAACAUUCCGGGGUAGACCCAGUUUUUGAUUAACCAAGGCAAUCAAACUGCUUGUGUCGUAGAUACUGGGGGAAGUAUUCAAACUAAUACUAAAGGGAAAAACGAAGAGUACCAUCUCUCUUUGUUUAGCUCCCAGUGUGGGGUGUUCUUACAUGACGAGGCUCUGCAGAGAAAUAGUGAAUGCAUUUUGAGUGUGAUUUUGUGUGAAUGAACUUUCGUUUUUUCUCUUUUCUCUGUCUAUGUACAAGACUACUUGAAAACGCUAGAGCUUUAAUGAAACACCCUGUAAACAGUCGAACAGUAGAUGUGUGUAAAUGAUAGCCAAACAAAAAGAGGUGGUAGCGACCUACAGAGUGCGCCUACAGCCUGAAACCAUGACAAUUCCUUUCACUAUCCCAUCGCUCGUGUACACAUCCCUGUCUUAGGAGACUCUGCCCACAUGUCAACCAAACCAUGCCAAAAUGAAUGACCACUUACAAAUGACCAAAAUCCAACCAAAAGCUAAAAUACCUUCUUCCUCUCAUUAUUCUUUUAUUUGUUUAUCCAUGGCUUCCGUGUGAUGGUUAAGCAUUCAGACACAUACAUUGAGGUCAGACGGCAAACACAGUAGAAAGUGCACCUAUCAGUCUUUAUAUCGUUCAGUAUCUGUCCCUGCCCUCAGGUUUAAUCCUGUUUGACCACUUGAUUACCUGAUUACCAAGCUAACCAGAUUUGUGCUGGGUAAACUAUGUCAUGUUGUAUUUCUUUCUCCCUCAUUUUGUGAAAAUACUUCAGAUGGUGAGAAUAUAAUGACGGCUCUGUUGUGAAAUCCAUCCGAAAGGGUUUCAAAUCAUUAUUUAUUUGUUCAAUAUAGAUUUUUCUAAUAUACAGUACAUAAGGGCAAAACGCAUGUGUGACAUACUGACUGAUUUCCCGAACUUAUGUAUAGAUAAUGAACUCUGAGCGCUUCUAAGGUGCAGUGGCGCCAUGUCUCCUGUAAAGUAAGGAUCCCACGCUGUAUGGAUCUCAAUAUGGUGUCAGGAAAGCACCUGAAGAACAGCGCUUCCUAAAAGCCAUGGCUCCGGGCGGCCCUGUUUCUACCUUCACACCACGUUAAUAGGAAACUCCGGGUUUUCUGAGUGUAGGAAGCAUUAUAAACUGUAUUGUGCAAUACAUUAUUACAGAAAAAAUUAAUAAUGUUUCUUUAGGAAAGUUUGGCGCUUCAACGAUUUUCGUUCUCUUUGAGGGUCCUGUUACUAUUUUUAGAUCAAGUGAACUGUGCCAGAUAAUUAAAAUCUGAUUUUUAUUAUUUAUUUCUUGCAUGCUUUCCUCCCUGUGGCUCGUAGCGCUCUUUAACUGUUGGCUCCGUUGGAUGUGUGAAGCUGUAAAACAUUCAGGUUUAUGUCUGUGAUGAACAAUGUAACUGUGUAAUUAAAAUAUAAAAUCAAAUAUUAACCAUG